AGGAGUAGUGACAUGAUGUAGUCUUGUGUUCUGACAAUGGUUGUUGUUGGCGACAAAAAACUUUUUAAGUGAUGUCAACGUUAAUGAAGCUGCUGUUUUUGUCUUUUUAAAUGUAGAAAUAAUCUUUAAUCGCGGUGUUUUCGAUAUACAAUCAGAACAAUAAUACUCAAUAUGUGUGGGGUGUCGCCGAAGUUUUACGAGCUUUGUCGCCUUUGUUUAUCGUGUGAUGGUGUGAAAUCAUCUAUUUUCGAUGACGAAGGAAUUCAACGCAACUUUCCACUUAAAAUAAUGACGUGUUUGUCUAUACUGGUUUCGGAAAGAGACCACUUGCCGCCUUUAAUAUGUCAUCGAUGUGUUUACAAGUUGGAUACGUUAUACGACUUCAGGGAAGUGUCCAGAAAAUCUGAUGUGAUAUUGAAGCAAUAUUUGACUUACACAGAACAUCUUGCCAAAUCUCAGGAGCAGGGCAAGCGGCCGGCGUCCCCGGCACCCGCCAUCGCCCGGGAAGGGGGCGAGCGGGAGGACCCGGGCGCCCUGCGGGCCAUGGAGAUGGAGAUGCAGGAGAUGGCGGCCACGGAGGCCCUCGAGCUGCGUCUCAAGAAGGAGCCCGCGGACCCGGACGACGAGGAGGAGCUGUGCAACGGCUCCGUCCCGGAUGCCGGCGACGGGACGGGCGAGGCAGGCGAGGAGGAUGACCGCUCCUCCGGCUCGGACUACGACGACUACGGGGCCCAGGGCCUGGACAUGUCGGUGGACCCGCGCCGGGCCGAGGACGGGGCCCCGGGGGAGCGCCCCGAGGAGGACAUGGAGGAGGUGCACACGGACGACCGCAGCGCCCCGCCCUCGGACGACGACAGCGACUGCGGCUCGGAGCCCCGCCCCGAGGAGGAGGAGGGGGCUAGCCCCCCGGAGUGGCGCGUCACCGUCGGGGCGGUGAACACGAGCCUGGGCAGCAACGGGGGCGGGGGCGAGGCGAGCAACCUGCUGCGCACGCUCAUCUCGUGCCGCCGGCUCGGCAUCUCGCCGGCCGAGGCGGCCGCCAACAACCGCUCGGCCCCCGCCGCCGCCCUCUCCCUGCAGCACUCGCUCAAGUCCCGCAGCCGGCUGUACGCGGCCAUCCACGGCCUGCCGCCUCCCCCGCCUCCGUCCUCCCGCGGCGUCGCGGGGCCCGGCUCGCCCCACCUCCUCGCCGGCGCCGGCGCCGCCAACAACCUGGACAACAACAACGGCGACGCGGCGGUCCCGCCCGGGAAGCUGGACGGCAGCCGGCGCAAGCAGAGCUUCCCGUCCAAGGCGGAGCCCGGCGGGCCGGGCGACGUGUACCUGCCCGACUUCACCGGCAGCAACCCCUGGUGCAGCCUGUCCUCCUCCAAGUCGGGCCGGCUGGCGGCCCGGCGGGUGGACCUGGCCUGCACCAACUGCGGCACGAUGACCACCACGAUCUGGCGGCGCAACCCGGAGGGGGAGAUGGUGUGCAACGCGUGCGGCCUGUACUACAAGCUGCACGGGGUGAACCGGCCCGUCACCAUGCGGCGGGACACCAUCCACACGCGCCGGCGCCGGCCCAAGGGCGAGAAGGGCGGCGGCCGCCACAAGAACAAGCUGGUGGCGAACGGCGGAGUGCCCGCGGAGGACCCGGUGGACAUGCUGGCGGCCCUGCGCCGGCAGAUACAGCCCCACGUGGCCCUGGCGAUCCGGGCGUCGCCGCCGCCGCCCCCACCCGCCGCCGUCGUCAAGACGGAGCGCGGGCCCUCGGACGACGAGGAGGGGGGGGAGGGGGAGGCGUCGGCGGGCGACUCCGGCCCGAGGCCCCGGGACGCCGACCGGCCGCUGAACCUGGUCGCGGCGCCGGCGGCCGAGUCGCAGUGACCCCGCCGGUCCCCCGGGCCCCCUCCCGCCCCCCGCGCCGCGGGGUGACUCCCCCCGCCACCCUCUCCGCGGGCCAAACACGCAGACGAAGUUUAAACUGAUGGGCAAUAACCAAGACUGAAAAUAUAUAUAUAUAUUGCACAAAAAAAAAUAAUGUUUUUUCGUGGAACAAAUAAUUUUAUAAUUGCGUUAUUUAUACUUUAAAAAAAAAACAUGUGCCACGCAGUACUAUAUUAGUACACUGUUGCAUGAUCGUUUAUCCAAAACAAAAGAGAAAAAAAAAUUUAUAUAAUUAAUCUCCUCCUUUAACCCGAAUCUCGCUUUAGUGAGAACCGCGAGAUUAUUUUUGUGUGCCGGUGCACUUUUGUCUAAGGCUUUUUUUUUAAUAAUUGAUGAACUAAUUGUUUUUUUUAGCACGAAGCCAGGCUGCAGUUGGAUGACUUGAGUAAGAACUUGUGCUCUUUGGGCGGACUUUUUUUUUUAAAUUAUAAUUUCUGCGUGUUUGUGAAAAUGACUGCUCGAUGUUCAAACUAACGAUUUUAAAAAAUAUAUAUAUAGCACGGACGUCAAGAAAACUGUAGUCAACAAUGUUCUCUUAUGUACGAACGAGUAAUGUCGUUCUUUAUCAAUGAAACCAAACCUGUGUAUUUUUUAUAUAUAUGUAUAUAUAUAUAUUUAUAUCUGUUUUAUCUGUAACAGUCUCGUCACGUCUGCACCUGCGUCUGGCGUGGUUUCUUCUCGAUUAAAUAGAGAUCAAGCGGUAGCAGACGUCUACUUGAGAUAAGGAAUCUCAAAUUCUAGAGUGGAGGGUUGCGCAUAUGUAAGUGGGCAGAAAUGGGUUUUUUGAUGUUACGAAGGCAGAGCGUGAGAAUUGGGGAAAUAAAAAUCUUCCGACGAUUGGCCGGGAUCAUGUCGCCUGCUUCAGAAGUCUCCUGGCGACAGUAUGCGAUAAAUGAAUUUUUUUUUUUUAACUUCAUGUUUGAUUGUGCGGAUGUUUGUGGGAGUAAAUAUCGUGCAGCUGUUAGCGCCAUUUCAUUUUUCAGGUUCAUUGGCGAAAAGGUGUCUGUAGCCCAGGAAAGUCGUGAAAUUGCCGGACUAGUCGGGAAAAAAGUUUCGAAAUCAACUCAAUCUCUCAUUUGUUGACACCUCACUUCAGUUAACUGUCACAAGUGAAGUACAAAUAUUUGGAGACUUGUCUACUUGAAUCAUCCGGCAAUUAUCUCUGAUAUGAUUUUAGCUUUCUAGCUUGGAAAUAGACUUGUUCGCACAAACAGUGUAUCAAUUUUUAUUUUGCAUUUAUAUAAUGAUGACCCUGUAAUAUGAAAAAAAGGUUUUAUGAAAAUUAUGUUUCAAAGUUUUAAAAUUGGUACACUAGGUAUUUAUUGUAGCAGAUAGGCUGUCUUUCAGUUACUACAGUUUUUAAACUUUUUUUAUACAUAAAAGUUAGUUUCGAAAUAUCGAGCAGUCGUUUGAGCGUCCAAAGUGCUUCGUCUCGUGUGAAACUGGGAUCUGAAGUAGUUGUGCAUGAAAUAAGCUGGGAUAUUUCGCUUGCAGUGUAGAGUAUUUUGGGUAUUAUUUUUUUUAUUCUCCAUAGUGCUGAAAGCACGUUACGUAGCAUUGCGUAACCGUAAGAUGCGCUGCCGAGCAGCGAGUGUUACGGAGGGUGGAAAACAGUAUUUAGUAUCGCAGGUACUUGGGGAAUGGUUUUAAUAGCGCCAGUUUAGUUUCUACCCCUUUCAAGGGGGUGAAGUAGUAUGUUAUAAUAACUGAUUUAUUACAAUAUUAUUGUGUUGUGUUUUUUUAUUACUGAUUGUAUUUAAUUCAAAGCCGUGAUUUGUAAUUUAUUUUUGCCUCUCUAUUUUUAUCUUUGAUCUUGAACAAAUAUUGCAGCUCUCUUAAUUGUAUUGUUUUUUAACUUAUGUGAUAGCGAGUUUACUCAGACAAUUUUUUAAUAAGUAACUAAGGGAUUUUAGUAUUAAUGAUGUUGAGUAUUUUGGUGAACAACGUUUUGUUGUAGAUAUUUAUUGUUUAGAUUAUAAUUUUUUUUUUAUUGUGUGAUUAUUUGCUACAAGUAUUAGUUUUUUUGGCACCUGAAAUGUCUAAGGUGGGCAGUUAUACGGCAGUAUCAGAGUUGUAAGAUAUUUUCUUGUGUAGUUUGUUACAUUUGAUUUUUACAGGUUGUUUUAAACGGUAUAACUUAUAUUCUCAAAGAGAUUUCAGUAUUGACAGAAUCAUACUUGCGUGCAGACUGGUUGCAUUGUUUCAUAGCGUAAGACAUCCAAGGAAGAAGUUAUCGAAUUCUGGCACAACUCUGUUCACAAAGUUUUCAAGAUGAUCACUCAUCUGAAACAAAGUUAUUAUUUGUACACUUGAAACUAUUUUUAUAUUUUUAUCCUGUGCCAUUUGGUAGGAAAUGGUUUAACCCCAAAAAUGUUAUUUGGUUUGGUUAACAAAAAAAUGUUUUUUCUUGAUGUUUACUUGUAAUAGUAAUAGAGCAUUUUCUGUAUUUGUACUGAUUUUUUUUAGUAACAGUUUAAAAAUGCUCAUGCAAAAGCUACACUGAUACUAUAAAAUGCAACGCAUUUUAGGUAAUAGGAGGGGAAAAAAAAUCAUCAAGGUUCAGAAAACAAAAAUUAUUUUAGUCUGGUGUUUGUUUACAAGGCCUGUGCAAAUUCUAGUCUUUUUGGUACGAAUAACAAAUCAAGUAUUUCAAAUAUCUUCAAAGUCCAAUUUAAUUGUGAAUAUUGUUCUCAGCGAAGCUGUAUUACACCUAUUUUAUUAAAAUUUAGGUUUGAAUUUAAAAAAAUAAUCCUCAAUGUUUGUAAUAUUUGAAUUGAUUAAGUUAUUAACCAUUUUGACUCUGCGUGUAACAUUAUUCCAUAAAAUUAUAAAAUAAAAAUGUGUAAUAUUAACGUUAAACAUUCAUAAAAACAAUUGAAGUGCCACCUUUUGAUUUUUUUUUUUAAGUAACCAGUUUUAUUAAGCCAGACUUGCAUAAUACAUAACAAAAAAAAAACUAUUGUUAUAAAAUAUCUUAGGCUUUGAAUGUUUUAAAGCUUUGCAACAAUUGUAAUGCUUCACACCAUAUGCGAAGCUUUGAAUCACAACUGAAGCUUGGAAUAAAGCAAACAGCAAAUUUCCUGGCAAAGUCACAUUGAAUAUAAAAAGAGCUUCGAUUUAUUCGCUUAGUAGAUGAUUCGCACAGGCCUAUUUACCCAAGAACAUUGAACCUCUUUUUGUAUUGUUACAUAGCCUAAUAGAGAUUACAGUGACGAAUUCUUGCCCCUAACAGAUCUCUCUGCCUCUUUCGUGGUAGAAAUAUUUGUUGAGUUAUGCAAAAAAAAAAUUGUAACUAAAAAAAAAAUUUGUUGCAACCAGUCUGCUAAUUAUAUAUUUAAUAUAUAUGUUUGUAACUAGUACCCCUUGGAUUGCAUGUAACACUGUUUGUGUUUCGUUUUAUACUUUUUUCUUUUGUACUUCUCUUUAACAUUUCUUGGAAAUGUACGACGAGUUGCGAUGUGUGGUCAAACUCUCUACGUUACUGGGCAGCUGUUAGAUUUGUAUGCCUCCUGAAGUUGUUAAAUUUCUCUCUCAUACUGAUUUAGUCACUAGUAUUAUAAAAUAAUAAUAAUAAUAUAUGCCUAUAUUUAUUUUUUAAUUUGACAGAAAAUAUAAAAAAAUUAACUUAUCAGAUGCAUUGUCAAAUAGUUAUUUGUGAAAAUUACUGUUUUUGCUUGAAAAGUACUAAAAAUACUAAGUCCUCUCUUGGUUCGGAUGACAUGAACUACUUAUUAUUUAUUACUGGGAAGAAAAAAAAAACUGUUUAUGUAUUACAUACUAAAUUUAUGUAACAACUUCUCAUAAUUAUUUAUAUAUUUGCAGUAUCCUGGAUAGCAAGUAGGUAAUUUUUAACAUCAUCUUGUAAAUGAUUUUAGUUUCAUAAGUUGAAUUUUUUAUUUUGUGUGUCAUUUUAUUACGUCAUGCAAUUUUAAUUGUAGCACCUACUGUUUUUAAUUAGUGCCUCGUAAGUUGGUAGUAUGUGCAUUUUAAUUUGUUUUGAUCGGUCAUGCUGCCCAGAGAGUUGAAUAAGUUUUAUACAAACAUGUGAUCACAGUAGACUCCCGACCAUGGGGUCCACAAAUAACUGAAAAACAACGGUUAGAGCAAGUUCAUGGUUAGGGGGGAACAGUAAAAUUAAAAACAAAUAUUCCAACUAUCUAGACAAACACUGGGUAAGUUUGUACAUUAUAGGUACCAAAGUGUUAGAAGUAAUUCACGGAAAAUAUUGCAGUACAUCUCACCGAAACGAAGGCGUAUUUCACGUCUAGCUGGUCGUUAAUUUUUAAUUUUUGUCUAAUAUCGAGUAACACUCGUUUGCGUUAAUUAUUGCACGUUACCGAAUAAUCUGGAGUCUGCUGUGUAUGUUUUGUUUAUUUUGCUUGUGUGUGGGGAAACUUCCAAAAUGUUUAUUCUUCUUGCCUGAGUCUGUUAUUUUUCCCAAGUGCACUGGGAGAUCGAACGCAAAUCAUGUUUUUCUUCUUGCCACCAGGUGGCUCUACGCUGCUGUACGGGUUGUUUCUGUAAUGUCAGACUUUGCUGAGUGAAAGAAGUAAUUGAUCGAAACUAAAACACCCCCUCUCCAUUCACUGUGUUUUUUUUUCUACCUGAUAUUUUUAAUUAACUUAAUCUAUACACCUAUCGAUCAACUAUUAUUUUUCUUUUUUUUUCAUGUCAGAUCUUGACACUUGAUGUACAAUUCCUCUCCGGAAUAUUUUGACUUGUAUCUGUGUCAGUGUGGCGUACAUAGAUGCGGAAAAUAUGCAAGGCUGUUGGAAAUAAAACCAAAACUUAAGUACUUCACAGAAUGCCUUGCAUAAGCCAUGAAAAGUUUUAAUUACUGCGACAAAGCACACGAAAAUAUAUUGCGUAGCAAUAUUAAAAAAAUUAAUGAUCAAAUGUUUAUCACCGUAUUUGUCUUUGGAAAAAAAAGACAAAGUAUGAUCUAGUUUCAGUGAACCAUAAAACUUUGUCUGUAGUGGUGGUGAUACUAAUAUCGAAACAUGCCCUUCUGAGUUAUCGGUUGUGUAGUUUCCUCUAUGCAACCGAUCGAAUUAAUGGGCGGAUGAAGUGACGGAUCACCGGAACGAAAAUAUUUAGUGUCGCUUGUGGUUUGGAAAAACUGUUUCUUCGGGAAUAGCAACCCUGACAUUACAAGUACGCCCUUGCAGCUGUGGAGGAAAGCUACUGAGAUCAUAAAUCUAUUCUUGCCAGGGGCGGAACGCCGCGGAAGCUAAGGUAUGCGUGAGAUUUGAGUGAGAUUAUUUAUGAAUUUUUGUGUGAGUGUGUUUGUGUUUAUCUUUUUUUAUUGUAUUUACAUUGUGAUGUUACAUGAUUAAUAACUAUAUUUAUAUUAAAAAAAAUUUUUUAAAGGUAUCUUUUAAAAGUAUUAACGUGAGUAUACUAUUGAUUGUAUUAGGUUCUUUGUGACUGACUAAUGAAUUAUUACUUAACUGUGUGUGUGCGUAUAUGUUGUCCCCCUCUUUAUUUUAUUUUUAAUUUUUUUUUAAAUUUUCAAGCUUUCCUUAGUUUUUAGUUUAUUUUGAGCAACAGCGACUUGGCUUUGUGUUGUCUACUUAACGCAUUGAGAAAUCUUUGCCUCUUUAAGACUGCAAAUUGAUCUUCCUUCAUAAUAAACCCCCCUCUUCCCAUUAUUAAUGAUAUUUUGAAUUGUGAAGUUACAAUUUUUUUUUUAACCAUGUAGGAGUGGAAAGGGGGGGAAGACAAACCCUUUUGUAGAGUUGAUGAAGGUUUAGAAUACUCGUUAAAUUAUGAUAUUCAGAUGUGACGUAUGAUAUUUAAUUCCUCCCAGCAAAAAUCUGAGUAAUGCUCUCUAAUAGUAUUAUGACAUGUGUUAAUUUUUGUGUGUAGUAGUAUUACGUUGAUUAAUGUGGUAAAAUAACUGCACUGAAGAAUAACAUGCACUGUGAAUGACGUACUAAAAAAAGAUAUUACUUUCUAACGAUGCUCUCUUAUUAUGUUUUUUUUACGUUUGUGUUUUUGUAUGCACUGUAAGAUAGCAUUAAGAGCCUGCCGAGUGUUAUUUUAGCAAUAAUGUGACUUACCUAACCAAACCUGUAACUUGCCCUGCAUUGUACGGCAGCUAUUGUUUGCUACCAAAAUGAAGAAUGCCUGUAAACAUGUAUACUAAUGGAAUGUAUCUCAAUAUGUUGUGUACACUGUGAUCCAAAAUUUAAUCGCCAGCUUACGUUAUGUUCUGUUUUAUGGUUUUCAGACCUAUUAUCGCUUCAGGUGGUGUUUUUGUGACUAGCAGUUUGCGAAACAAGUCAGUAUAUUUUUUUUAACGCCAUAUUUGUUGAAUGCUUUUCUGAAAAAAUAAAUGAGUACAGUAGAACCUCGUUUAUAAAAACCUUAUUCAUAAAAAAACAAAAUUCUCAUUAGUGCAAAGUGUUUUCACAAAUUAGAUAAUAAAUAUAAUUUUAAAAGGUUGUUCAAACCUAUAAAAUAUGAUUAUUAUAUAGUACAAGGUUCUUGUUUUUUUUUCCCCUACUGUGUAACAAUCUCAUCCUUUCAAGAAUGGUGAAUACAAACGUUACAAGAUUAAAAGAUAAACUGAAGUUUCAAAUAAAAUAAUAGUAAUGCAAUUGCUUAGUUCAGUUUACGACGAGCGAAACAGCUUGGAAGUACAUAUUCCUCCUAAAAUUAUACAUACGUACAUUUAUAUAUUUUCUAUAACUUUUUUUUUUUAACAACAGUGUACCUAACCUAAAAUUGUAUUUUAUUAUUCCUAUAUGAAAUACGUUAGGCGUUGUAAGAAUUGUAUGCAAUAAUUCUACUUAGCGGUUCUAUGCACUCGGUAACUAUGGAAAAUAUUUAUAACUUAGUUUAUAAAUUAUAUAAAUUUUGUGAUAUAACAAAUUUACAAAAGUUUGUUAGUACAAACCUUUUUUGUGAUGUUCAGGAUGAAAUAAAAAAUGUUAACUACCAAUUUUUUGUAUGAAUAAGUAUGGUUUUCAAAUUCUCUUUAUAUUUGUGAGCCAUGCGUGGCUGGUUCAAAAAAAUUUUAAUGGCGAUGCGAUGGCUUAUUUUGAGAUCACAUAUUUGUGACGUUGGUUUGGCAUCAAAGUGUUCACCAAAGACUGACUUUCAUUCCUCGUUCCUGCUCGCAUUAUUUAAUCGUUUCUCACCGGUGAACUGAGAAUCUCAAAACGAUUUUUCCUGUGCCUGUGUUCGAUCUAGCUGCAUUCUUUGGAUCACUGUGUACUUGGGAUGCCGUCUGAGCGUGUGGAAGGAUCGUACUUAAAGACUAACGUUGCCUGCAGCGCUUGGUAGGACGUUCAGUCGUGAUCUGUCGAGAGUCUCUUUUCCCCGGCUGCAAACAACUUUUUUUUUUUCGAAUCGCAUGGGUGCGCAGAAUCGAGUUUCGCUGUGCGAGGUUUCGACAAAACUUGCAUUGCGUGAGAUUCCAUCUUCUGUGGAAAACAAGAGCCAGUUUCUUGUGUUGCAUUUCUCUAGUGACUUUAAAAGAAAUUAUUAUUGUUAAUAAUACAACAAAAAAAUUCUGUGUAGUGCAGUCAUAAAUUUUUUUUUUCCUCGCCCACUCGUGUGUUUGGAAGGAAAAAAAAGUAUUGAAACUUCUUUUGAUGAUGUUUUUGCAAUGUGAAAUUAAAACAUGCACAAAUUAAGUAACUUUUGGUUCUUGCUUGCCGAAGAUUCGUGCGGUGUUAAAAUAUAAUUUUUUUAAUGUUUGCAAUACCAUCAUGAGGAUAGUAGCAAAACUUUUUAACCUUUUUUUGUUGUAGUUAUGCGAAUUGACAGUAACAGGGUGUCUACAGGUUGUGAAAGUCAUGGCAAAGCCUGGUUACGAAAGUCGUGAAAAAGUCGAGAGGAUUUUAUUUCCAGUCAACUUUUUGCCAAUCUUGAUUUGGUUUUUUUUUUUUUUUUUCACGCUUCGCUUCAGUAUUUUGUCGGUUAUUAAGUGAACAUAAAUUGUCAGAGAUUGUCUACUUAAGUUAUUUUGAAAAACACGUUCCUGGAAAUAGUAGAUUUAUUUUUGUAUUAUAUUUAAAUUAGUUCAUUUAAUUUUAAAAAAUGUACCUGUGUGGUGAAAAAAAAAUUAAUAAGAAAUUUUUAUCAAGGGGGAUCAGGCCUCUCUAUUUGAAACUGCAAUAAAACCUCCGUGCUAAAUAUUUCGGUUUGACGUGCCAUAGGACUUGGCUUUGACUACUUGUUGAAGUCAACACUUGUGUACUGGUGUUACCAACAUGACGGAUAGUAGCAAAAAAAAAAUUUUUUUUCUCUCUCUCUCUUGCAGAACCUGCGGGAAAUAGCAAGUUAUUUCUUCGUUGACUACUUGUUGAAGUCAACACUUGUGUACUGGUGUUACCAACAUGACGGAUAGUAGCAAAAAAAAAUUUUUUUUUCUCUCUCUCUCUUGCAGAACCUGCGGGAAAUAGCAAGUUAUUUCUUCGUUGCAUUUACAGACUUGAGCCUGCAAGUAAACAUGUGGUCGCAACAAGAUACGUAAUGGAAAGUCUGGGAGGUGCGAUUUAUGCCAUUGUAAGACAUGCCAAAACUUGGGGUAAACAGUUCAAAAUUAGAAUUAUAGCAAAAAGUUGGUUGGAGGGGGGGGGGGGGGGGGGGGAUCAAAGAUGGCAGGGCCAAAUUCCCUGUAAAUGGUCUCGGAAGUCCUGCAAUUUGUUCACCGGGUUACGUGUAGACACCCUGUGUGACAGUGAACCGCCAGUGCUUCAGUUUCCGGUUUUAAGUGGAAAAAUGUGUGUUGCAAGACAAUAAAACGCAUUAUAUUACUAUUGACUAGCAAAAACAAUAAAUUAUUGUACUGUCGCGCUCCACGCAAGUAGGUAAUUGUUACGUGCACGUUUGCCUGUGUUGGUAGCGUAGAGCUGUCUGUGUUGUUGUGCCGGUCUCUCGUCUGUUUUGUUGCAACUAUGUUUAAAAAAAAACCGAACGUUGUGUAGUGACAAAGUGUUACACAUUACGUACUUGCCAAAUGCCCUUCAUGGUAACAUGACUAAUAUGCCUCCGAGUAUAAAUAUUGCCUGCAUGUUUCAUUGUAUAAGAAAGUGCCUGUUAAAUCUAUGCGUGUUUAUCUUAAAAACCGAAGGUUGUAUUGGAUUGUAUAAAUGUUGUGAAAAUUUAUUAUUCUUGUUUAGUGUGAAACUUGUGAAGGUUGUUUUCGUUCUGUAAUCGACUGUUUGUUUUUAAUUUGCAAGAUUUUUUUUUUUUUGUGUGUGUGGGAUUGGCACAUUAUUGUUGGAGUUUUUCUACGUGAAGUUUCAUGAUUAAUAAUCACUGCAAUAGAGCCAGCAUUGAGCGAAAAUGUGGUGGCAAGUUGGUAUCAUCGCUACAGGAGCCUGGUUGUGAUGGAGGGUGUGACGUCCAUAUUAAAAACAAAAAGUUCUGUGCAGAAUGUUACUGGUUUUAAAGUAGAAUGCUUGAAAACUCGCCUCGUCAUGGGUGUACAUGUGUCGGUGAGGCGGGAUGAUAAGCGUGACGCUCGCUGGUGCGUAUGAGCGGUGACCGUGACAUUAUAUAUGGCGGAGAACAGAAUACGACGGUUUAUUGCAAGUCCCUCAAAUGCUUCUAAGAAUCUGCCCCAGCUGUUCAUGCCUGAAAGUUACUCUUAAAACACACGUUUCAUCCAUUUUCACACUUCUAAAAAUACAGUUCGAAAACGGAAUCCGGAACACCUACCCGUCCUGGGAGCAUUUGUAAAUGCUUUAUGUAAACAGUUAUUUUUUGCCCGAGUAGACGGCCCGUGAUGUGUGCUCACAGGCGAGUCAGUUCGAAAAGAGGGACAAGCAAGCAGGCAGACACGAUAACCAAAAUAAAAUUGCAGCAGACAGGGAAAAAAAAAAUAAUUUUGUCAGCUCGUUUCAAUGUAGUCUACUGUAGUUAAUGCGACUAAUGGACAAUACAUAACUCGCCAUCUUCAAAAGAUGUACACAGGAAAACAUUUUUAUUAAUUUUUAUUUAUAUAUUUUUUGUUUAGUUCGUCAUCCAACAUCUGGAGGCCAAUUGCAAAAUUUUUUUUGUUAAUGUUUUACAGCUCUUCCAAAAUAAUUGCAAUCUAAAAAAAUUUUACAACAAAAUCAAGCUAAAAUUAUUUUUUUAUGGUUUUUUAAUUCAUUAUUUUUUCACAGCUUUCCCAAAAUCAUGACAGGAAUACAAAUAAAUAUUUUUAUUUUAAUGACAAAAGCAAAUUAAUUCAUAUUUUAUAGUAGUUUUUAAAUAUCUUUGUGUUUAAUUUUCUUCCCAGUAAAAUGUUCCUAUUUUUGUAACAGUAAGAAUUAAAGUUUUUAACGCACCUAUUUAUUAAGCUGUUCUGCUAUUAAGCUAUGACAGGGGAAAUAAUUUUUUUUUCUUUCUGUGUAUUGUCUCCAUAAGUUUUCAGGUGGUGACUACUUUUACUGUUGUUAAUCUCUUUAAACUUGUUUCGAAGCAGCCUAUCAUUUCCUCUUUUAACGCUUAAUGUCCGCGAUUUGUGUGCAGCGAUCAGUUGCUCUUAAUUUGUCUGAACACAUCGAAUGCUGAUCAGAAAAGAGUACUUCUCUUUAUUCUGAAAAUUGUUUUACUGUUAACUUCACAGAGAAUUUUAAUUUUUGUUGGACAAAUUCUCUUAACUAUCAUUUUAAUUUCAUGAAAAUACAGCAGUACCCACACAAACUUUAGGUACCUUAUAUCUCACAGGUACAGAAGGUGUUCUCUUGCAAGUUGUGUUGAAAGAAUAAGCAGUGAAAUUAGUUUACAGAGUUCUCAAGCAUUCUCUUUGUACACCACCGUCUGACUGGAAUAAAAAAAUAUUUUUUAAGGUUACAAUAAUGCAUCAUUUGGAGUUGAUGGACAAAUUUUUUUUUUAUACUUUAAACUUCUUUAAUAUAGGGGCAAUUGAAGUGCACAUUCAACAGUUUCCACUGUAGAAUAUAAUUUUCCUCUCUGCUCGCUUGCAGUGCGAUAGAAUAUUUCUGUGAAUGUUGCCCACAAACUCGACAAGUUGAAAGUUACAUGAACUCCUGUAGCAAUACUGAGAUUAUUUUUAAGUGGAUGAAAUGUGGCAAAAAAUUUUUUCAUCCAUAAAGUUGUUUUUUUAUUAUUAUUGUUGUUUUGUCUCAAACUCCAAAGUACUUAUUCCGCGAUGCGUCAGCGUCCGUCUUCCCGGAAACUAAAUGCCACGAGGUCUCUUCGAAGAAUUUUGUUUUGUACGUCUUUGUCGUCGGGGUCUGAUGGCAGGAUUUGCCGAGGGUGUUGUCAAAUAUGUAAAUAUGUAUUUUGUGCAUGUGUGCGUGCGUGUUAUCUGCUUGGGGAAUCAAAGUCUUGGGAGGCGUGCGUGUCGCGGCCCGGGUCGAACACGCACGCCUCCGAUUCGAGGGUUAAACAUAUGCUUGUGCGUAGCUGGCUUCUUUUUUUUUCUAAUCCUAUGGAAAACUACUGAGCGUGUGAUAGGGAGAACCCUCGUAGAGAAACAUUUUUAUAUGCAGAAGAAGCAAAUAUAUUGUAAUAUACUGUAUCCUGUGAACUUAUCAAUUGAAUGUAAAAGAAAGAAAAAAAGUUUUUUUUUUUUAUACAUAAUAUUUUACUUUUACUUUUCAAUUUAACAAGCAGGAUGUAGAAUGUGACAUUGAAGGUUAAUAAAAAAAAGUUGACAAGUU